ACGUAAAAUACUAAAUAAUUCAUAUCUUAUAUCUUAUGGCUAUUUUGAUGAAUUUCUCUAUUUUAUUUCAUACAAGGGUCCGAGUCCGGCUUCUCUUGAUUACCGUCUAUCGAAAUAAUCGGAUUGGAGGGUGAUGACCUUCAUGGCGCACCUUUUUCCCGGUGGUCAUAUGGAUUACAUUAUACAUGCCCCUACGCCUAAAUUAAAUUAUAUCUCUGCAAUUUCAAUGAAAUAGAGGUCGCUUUAAAAGCUAGGGCAACAGAUUUUCGACAUCUUCACUACUGCAUAAUUUAUGCUCCCCGCCUCUCUCUCCCCCCCCCCCCAAAUCGAGGUCGCCCUCAGAUAAACCGGCCCUCUGCUCUCUCUCUCUCUAAAUUAGGUUCUGUCUUUAAGGGAAAUUAGGUUUUUCUCUCUGUGUUUGUUCCUUGUGGUGGGAAGUGAGAAAGGUCCUAAGGGAAAUUAGGGCAGGAAUUGUAAGAUUCCUCAUUCUCUUUACCUGUUUUAAUCCCUUUACAACCCAUCAGUCCUCUCUCUCUUUCUCUUGUUAAAUUACUCAGGCUUCGAUUUCCUGUGAAUUUCCUUACCUUUGCAUCCAUGGUGAGCGGUUCAAAUUCAAUCCAAUCCAAUUGAGGGCUGCCUCUCCUUUUUCGAUCUCUUCCCCCCUGGUUCCCAAUUCGUUACUCUGUCUCUCUGUGUGCUUUAACCGAUAGAUCAUCGGUCUUCGUCUUCAUCUUCUCUGAAAUCCCCAUUAUCAAAUCAAAUUGAAUCAAACCACAAUCAACGCAGCCCCUUCCUCAAUCCAUCAAACUCAAAACCUCUGAAAAGAGGUGUGGGAAAGGCCUUCCUCAAUCCAUCAAACUCAAAACCUCUGAAAAGAGGUGUGGGAGAGGAAAUAGAAGAAAGCAGCAGUAGCCAUGGUCGGUCCUGUAGGCACCCAGAGCGCGAACCAACUGUCGGUCCAAUUCCUAAACAACGUGCUCUCCCAGCGAGGCCCGUCUGCCCUGCCGUACGAGGAGGAAGCGAAGUGGCUCAUUCGUCAGCACCUGGUGGGCCUGGUGCAGCACUUCCCGUCCCUCCAGGUGAAGACUGCCACUUUCACACACAAUGACGGUCGCUCUGUCAACCUCCUCCAGGCUGAGGGUACCAUCCCCAUGGUGUACCAUGAUGUAGUCUACAACAUCCCCGCCGUCGUUUGGCUCGUCGAAUCGUACCCCCGCCUUCCACCCCUUGUCUUUGUCACCCCUACUCGAGACAUGAUCAUCAAGCGCGCACACCCUAAUGUAAACCCGUCAGGCCUCGUCUCGGUGCCCUAUCUCCAACAUUGGGUCUACCCAUCUUCGAACCUUGUGGACCUUGUUAAGAACCUCAGCCACCACUUUGGCCUUGAUCCCCCUCUCUACACCACCACCAGUGCUACGGCUGUGAAACCACCACCUCAAAGGCCUAGCACUAGUGAAGCUAAUUUGGUUUCUUUUUCGUUGGCUAUGACUUCCUCAAAUAGUGGAAGUGUUCGACCAGUGUUGCCGCCUAGGACUUACUCAUCACCAUAUGGUAGGUUGCCGCCCUCACCUCAGAGGCCACCAGCUAUGGAGGACCCUUCGGAGGUCUAUAAGAGGAAUGCGAUUAACCGAUUGCUUGAGAUGUUGCAUAAUGACGCGAUGGAGUUGCGGAAGGCGAGGGAGGCAGAGGUGGAUGUGCUGUUCAAUUCGCAGGCGGUGCUUAGAGAGAGGGAAGAGCAGCUCACUAAGGGGUUGAGAGAGAUGCAGGAUGAGAAAGAAGCUCUGGAGCAACAGCUUCAGAUUGUGCUCACAAACACUGAUGUGCUCGAGGCAUGGCUCAAGGAGAAUGAGGACAAGAAGGAGAAAGCUGGGGUUGUUGACAUUGACCAUGUCUUUGAGCCCAUUGAUGCAUUGUCAAAGCAGAUGUUGGAGUGCACAGCUGCAGAUUUGGCUAUCGAGGACGUGAUUUAUUCGCUUGAUAAGGCUGUCCAAGAGGGUGCCAUCCCUUUCGAUGCGUAUUUGAAGAGCAUUAGAGCUCUAUCACGAGAGCAGUUCUUUUACAGAGCCACUUCAGCAAAAGUUAGGGCUGCACAGAUGCAGGCGCAGGUUGCAGGAAUGGCUGCUAGGGUUUCUCCUCAGUAUGCAGUUUGAUUCGAUUCUUCUCCAUAAUGAAAGAGGACAUCCAAGGUGUAACUGGUUCUUAUCUGCAAUCAUUGUGAUCAUGGCGCACUCAGAGCAAUGCUACAUGCUCGUUUAGACAGUCAAUUUGGCAUAAGACAGUGGCUGAAGCUCAUUCCUCUUCUGAAAUUUUAAAUAACUGCACACCCAAAUACUUCAAGUCAAGGAAGAAGAGGUGCUAAGUGCAUUUUGGGUCCUAAGGUUUAUCAUGGUGGGGUCCUCCGUAGUGGAGCUUCUUUGGUCGUGCAAUUUCUUCUUGGAUGUUGGAACAGUUGCAGAAGGUCAGUUCAGAUUGAUAUAAUGGGAUAUGUGAUUCUCUGUUUUUGGGUCUUUCGGGUCUUGCCAUUUUCAUUUUUUCCUUUUUGGUUGUAGUGAGAAUAGGUGAUAAAACAAAGUUCUGUAACAUUCUAGGGUCAUUGAAGAACACAUAUCUUGAAGUAUAUUCAUUGUGAUAUCUUAUUUUUGUAGAAUAAUGAUGUGGGCCACCAUUUGGUGUGCUCAUGAUUUUGUGAGGUAUGUUAUUUUCCACCACGAUUAUGAGA